AUGUUGCCAUCCUCCCUACUACAACUGAUUUUUCUCGUCACCCACGUACUAUUCGUUAAAAGUCGCCAUGUUGGUGAAUUGCUGUGUCGAAACUGUGGUGCAACUAUUACAAGACAAUCGGAAUUGCUGAAUGUUACGGUAUCGGAACGUCGUUUUAAGUACAAAUACGAUUUCCCGAUUGUCGGACAAACUGCUACAGUUCAUGUAUUCGAGAAUCCAGCCGAAGAAACUUUCCACGUGCUUACUACGAAAAGUGCUCAUUUGAAAUUCCGUGGACAACCUUCGACCGAAGCAACUUGGUUCCCAGGAAUGCAAUGGACUGUUUGUGUUUGUAGCAAAUGCGAUCAUCAUAUGGGAUGGUAUUUUCAACCGGAAAAACCAAAUCUACAGCAAUCAACGCAAAAAAGUUUUGUUGGAUUGGUCCUUGACUACCUAGUUUCAGCAGAUUAUACUGAAACACUCACAAAAGUCCCAGUGUAA